UUAUGAAAGUUACUUUACCAUCUUCAAGCUCAAGUUCUUCUUCGUCGUCGCCAGGCGUUCCAGGGGCGAACGAACCACUAAGUCACAUAGCUCGUGCAGAGGAUAUAACCAUGAAGGAAAUUGAAUAUUUUCCUAAAAUAAUCGAGUUCCCCGGUGAAGAUGACCUUGUACCAUCAUUGCCGCCAGAUGAUGAUUUUUUUACGGAAAAAAGUGACCCGAAGCAAUUUGAGGAUGAGUGGCCUAUUGCUGAUGAUUCGGUGAUGAUGGUGGAUAAAGAGACGGGAAAACUAAGAAAGGAAGAUGCUGGCGACGGAAAGAGAAAGUCUGAUGUUUUACCACAACCGUUUUGAUGAGUUGACUCCGUCAAUAAAGUGAAAAACACGUAAGAAAAGGAGACGCGCUUUUGACACGCAAC